GCUCGGCAGGCGGCCCGCCGGGGCCUUCCGCGUUCUCGUCUGCGGGCUGUUUGUGUGGCUCCUUUUGUCCUUGCCGUCAGUGGGCCCCUUCUCCCGCUCUAACCGUGAGGGAGUUUCCGCUUUGUCAGGUUGCCGGUUGCCUGGAGUCUACGCACUAACCGCCCUCCCCUCCUCCCCCCUUCAGCAUAGGGCGCCCUAUGGGGCGGUCUGCUCCCCCUCCCCCUUCGCUUCGCCUCUGCACUGCAUCCCCGCCCCAGAACCCCCACUUCCUCCAUCCUCUCUGCCAGUAGUAGAUCGGGAGGGAGGCACGGCCUCGCUGUGGGGUUCACUGUGUUGCUGCCUGUCCGCUGCUCAGCUGGUUAGCUGAGGUGAGGCAGUGUGCCACGUGUUAACGUGGCUGUCAGCUUGCAGGUAGUGGGCAUCCAGCACGCUUGGUAUCAUACCACAGAGUCAUAGAACGGCUUAGCUUGGAAGGAAUCUCACAGAUCACCUAGAAGGCUGAGCAAGCUUAGGUCUGUCCUCACCAGUCUGUGUGGACUGCCUCUUGAUCUGCUGGAACAUCUUCUGGUAGGAGGAGUAGGUGAGGUAUGGAGUACUGCAUAUCUUCUGUUAGCUUCCUCAGGCCUUGUUAUUCAUUUAUCUGUUCAGAUGUAGAAAGCUAAUUGUGUUUUUAUGUCGGUGAGAAGGCAGUUGUCUGUCAUCCCUAAUGGGGAAACAUCCUAUGUUAAAUUAGUGAUAGCUUCAGAUGGGUUAACACCGUGUGGCUGUAGAAAUAAACUUGGAAUAAUUUCUAUCAGACAGGCUUCUUAGUUAAAAUUGAAAGCUGCUAGGCUGACAUCGCAUAGAUGUCCCAUCCCAACAAGUAUAGGAAUCUUGAAAAUUGGUUAACUACACAUUUUACUGUUUUUAGCAGUAUUCUUAGGUAAUGAAAGUAUGGAAAUUAUUCAGGUGUCACUAUUUGAUUAGCACUGUGCUGUGGAAAUGUGAAUGUUGUGAUUAGAAGCUAAAGCCUUUCAGCUCAAACCUCUUCAUUUGGAAAAAUGGAGAGGAGCCCUGGCACCUUCCUCUUUUUAAGCUUCUAUUAAGUCUUGGUUGUCAAUCAUUUAAUUUAUCCUGGAGUAUUGCAAUCAGUUUGUGUCUUAAGUUAUAUUAGAUUUUAAUUUCUAAAAUUUGAUUGUUACUUUGAAUAGGUGUUAUUUACUGCUUCACAGGUAGGGUGUUGAUGAUAUUUAGGCUGUGCGUGGUAUGCAUGUAUGCAUGUGUGGAUGUUGCCAUACUUGAUACCAAUGGCUUGGACUUUAAAGGAGACUUCAUCUCCUUAGAGUUGUUGUGAACUUUGUGCUGUGUUAUUUCUCAGUUACUACUUUACUUGUAGAAGCAGGAUUGAUGUUUGCAGAGGAUUGGAUUAGGGUUUUCUAACAGGAAAAAAGCACAUUUCAGAUGUUUUUCACUUGUUAUGGCUUUGUGUAACAUCAUACUUCUAUUGAAGAGAAGUAUUAAGCAAAAGUAUUAAGACUUCCAAAGGUAGGAGUGCUGAUAGUAAGCAGAAUGUUGCUGAAUAUUGUGUCAAUCAUAUAACACUUCAGUGAUUUCAGUUACUUACUUAUUGCCCUAUAGAUAUACUCAAAUCCAGCUACAUUUAGGUGUAGAAUGUUACUUUAUAAAUGUAUAUUUCACUCCAAAUUACAUUUCAGAUAGUGAGAAACAAUCUGUUACUGACGUCCUGGAGGAGUUACUCCUUUCAAGAAUAACAUUGGUGUAUCUAUAAAAGAACAAGUUGUUAUAGUGGUGGAACAAGUUGUUAUACUGAAUGUACAAUGAAACAGUCCAGCAAAUACUGUUCCCAUAUGGACAGGUAAUGAUUUGUGGUUAUACAGUUAAAACCUUAGGUAUAGAAUUAAGGAGAUCAACUUUAUCCUCCUAAAUCAGCAUCUUAGUGUUUUUGUUAUGGAAGUUAAUAUAUUUGUUAAUGGUAAGACACUAUUGCAGAAUUUGCAGAUGCUUCACAAACCCUAAGAAGGUUUAACCGUGCAAUAGAGAGUUAGAUAUAUUUCUGUUUAGAAACUUAAAUCGUUGUCAUAAUUAUUUGAAAUAAUACAGGGAAUAGUACAGGAAAUCUGGAUGCUUAAGGCUUGGCCCACACCGAUGCAGUGUUGUGUGAACCCCUGGGCAGUUCAGGCUGCAGAGUUGGAUGGAAGGGGAAAUGAUGGGUCAGCAGUGGUCAUCAGUGAGGGGUGGGCAGCAGGGCUGUGAUGGUAAAGCGGCGUGAGAUGGAUGUGAAGGAGUGAGCAAGCUGUGGGAAUUCUUACUGGAUGUUUAAUCUCAGUUAUCCAUUAAUUUGCCAUUAGAAGAAUCUGGAAACGUUUUACUUAAGCUUUCUGUUCCUUUCCCCUCAUAUUACUUGUCUGUGAGCAAGGGGAACGCUUCUAUGCUUGUCAGUAAAGCUGCCAUUUUGCAUCUAGAAUGUCAAGUACAUCAUUGUUUUAGUGAUUUUUUUGCUUAUCUGCCUUGCUUGGUCUUGGGGGGAAUGAGAACAGGAGUGAUUGUAUACUCAGAUACAUCCUCCCACACGUGAUGUGCAUCUUUCAGUGUGUGGAUAUUGUUCAGUUUGUCUCUGAAUUACAUGCCUGGACUCUAACCCUGCCUUCCUGUGUCACAGCUCUGUUCUCUGACAAGGGAAUUCUCACCGUGCAGUUCUGGCUGCAGGAGUGUGGUAGAUAAUGUGUGAUAGGUUAUCUGUGUAUACAGAAAGCAAUGUGCUGUGCAGUCCCAGCAUGCUGUUUUCAUUUGCUUAAAAUUAUUUCUUAUGAAGUAGCUCUUCUGUUUGGAAAUCAUAUAGUUCUAAUAGGAAACCAAUGGGUGUGGGGCAGAGCGUAAGGGUAGAAUUGACAGGAUGCUGCCUGUAUUUUAUUUUCACGUUCCGAGUGUUUAUUUGAUUGAAAAUCAGUUGGUUGUUGUAUUUUUCUUUUCCCAAACCUUAAAAGAUUCAGGGUUGGAUGAUGUUUUCUUAAUUCCCUCAUAGGUAUUGGCCUAAGUUUGGUGAAGUUUGUAGUUGAAAUGAAAUUAUCCAUCUGGUUACAGUGAUAUACUCCCCUCCUUCCUUCUAUUCUUUUAGACCUAGACCUCAUCAUUUUCUAUAGAGUUGAAUUCCAAGAAGGCAUUAAUUGCUGGGUAAAGGGUAACAUGGUGAUGUUUGUUAAUUUUGGGUUUUCUUUGCUUUUUCUUUUUUUUAAGUGUAUUUUGCCUCUGAUUUAUUUGGGGAAAAAAAGGAUAUUCAAGUUAGGAGGCAAAAUGAUUGCAAUUAUGUUGUAUUUGUAUCCUGCUCUCAUGUUGCUGUGCUGUACUUACGUAUUAGGUGCACUCAUUUUAUCUGUCCUUCAUGUGUUGAACCCCCUGCCAUUGCUGGUGCCGUUCUUCUAACCCUUUUUGUUUCAGAUAUGGCUCUUUUUACUGUGACCAUUUAAACAGAGUUCAAUAUUUGGAAUCUGAUUGUCUUAAUAAAAAAUGCUUUUGCAUACAUCAGUAUAUUUUUGUAUCCUAUAUUCAAGAAUAGCUGCAUGGAACUUUACAAAUUCAGUGGGUUUUUGUUUGUUUGUUUGUUUUUUUGUUGUUUUUUCUUUGCUAAAAUACAGAAUGGAACAGUCCUGAAACAGGAUGGUGCUCAGCUAGCCUAGGGGUGAUGUUUGCUUUCUAACUUCAAUGAUUUAUCCUGUCAGACUUUGUAACUACUGCUGCACAUUGAGCUGUCCACAAUGACUCCUAAUUAUUUUUUCUCAGAAGACUGGACUAAUUUGAACUCAUCAAGUAUUUAGAUAAAAUCAUUUCUUCUUGUGUGCAUUACAUUGUAUUUAAUUGCAUUUCAUCUGUUGUUGUAUUACUCAAUUUUCUAACUCUAUUAGAUCUUUCUGGAAAUCUCUCUCCUCCACAGUUUUUACUAACCCAAAUAAUUUCCUACUACUGGCGAAUUCUCCAGUUUCACUGUCUGCUUCCAUCCUCUAGAGCACUAAUUAAUAUUAGCCACUGUUUUUAAUGUCUGAUAUAUACACCACAUGGUUAUCUUUUGCUCUCUGAGUGCUUGGUUAUCUGAACCUUGCUUGGGAGAUGGCCUUCAGAUCACCAAUGGCUUGGAGGAGGAGUCAGUAGAGCUGAGCUGGGGAGUGGCUCAAGUGCAAGUACACAUCAUUAGCUUCCUUCUGUUGUGUAUAAGGGAGCUGAAGCAGUCGCUAAAAGCUUAUUUCCUUCAUAGAAAGUGCACCGAUGUCAGACCGAUAAGUGAGGUCUCAUCACUGAAUUACAGUGGGAUUCAGAUCGUGUAUUUCCACCGUGGUACAAGGAAAAUAAGAACAGGUAUUAUCAGAGUGCCAGUUGUAAAAUUUAGGCUGCAGUGGUGUUACAUUUUGUAUGCGUACAUAUGUUAUCAUCAAUUCCUUCUGCUGUAGAAUGGAAGCUUACAGUCUGAAUGCUAUGGGAGCAUAUGCUGAUUGGACUGGUGAUGUUUUGUACUAAUCCAACCUGCUGGGGGCUAGAUUAGGUAUCUAUUCUUCUGGUUGUGUGAAUGAGCUUUCUGUCACUUGUGGCUCGUGUUUGGGUGUUGAAAUUAGCUACUUGUGUGCACGUUGAACAGAAUAACCCAAGGAUAAGAGCAGAAAGGUAGGAGAUUAGUGCUUGGCUAAUCAUUCUAUACUGACUACUGAGCUCCAGAAUGGAAGUUGCUGUAAAGUAGUUGGGUUUUUGAGUGGUAUUUAAAUUGUUCUGCAGCUGGCAGGCUUUCUCAACUUGGUUGUUUUUUGUGUGUUGUUGGGUGUUUGGGUUUUUUCUUGGUGCAGAUUGGUAGCCCUUAAAGAAUGGACAGUAGUUGUUAGAGCCCAUUUUGCCCUUUUUGUACAGUCCAUCUCAAGUGCCCAAUAUCAUGCUUUAUUUUUAUACUGUUUUGUUUUCUGUAUUCAGUAACUCCUUUCUUUAUCAGGUAAGAUAAGUUGUGAGUUAUUAUUUGUCAAACUUGCAUUCUGUUUUCUUCGAAACCUGUUUUUAAUGAAAAGUAGUUACUACUUUAUAAACUUAAGAAUUUUAUUGCAGCAUGGUUUGUUUGUUUUUUUUUCCAAUACUCAGCCAGUCCCAAAUAGUUGUACAGUACAAACCAGUAAUAAAUGCAGAGUGUGGAUGCUCUCAGGAUGGUUUCCAGUAGGUUCUCAUAUGUAACAAUGAAAAAACAAGAGGAAAAAGAAGAAAUGGAACUCUCAUUUUUAGAUGCAUUUCUGAAAAUGGGAGUUUUUAGUGGGCAGAAUCUGUUUCUGGGAGACUGGUGAAGUAACGUCAAAAGAUUUUUUCACUUGAAGUCACUUGAGCUGUUGCACAAAGGUACAUGACAAGAAUCUGUGCAGUGUAUUGUUUGCUACUGAAAUGAAUAACGCUGUAUGAUCUUUCCUGGAGGGAAGCUGAAGAAUCCAAAGCAGUUCAUAAAAUAAAGUAAAAAUUUGUCAUUACCGCUGUUCUAUUGACUAGUUUGAAACAGAAGCAUUCCUUGUAAUUAAAGACAUUUCACUCAUUUAUGACUUUUUUUUUUAAAUUUCUUCAUCACCUCUGCAGCAACUCUUGCAACGUGUAUCAUACUAUUUUGUUUAUGUGAGUUCAGUGUCAAUAGGCCCAGACUGAAGGAUUUUACAGUUUUGCUUUCUUUUUUGGUUGAAGUAGUACAAAAUGUCAAAAAUUAGAAGGAAGGUCACAGUGGAAAAUACCAAGACCAUAUCCGAUAGCACAUCCAGAAGACCCAGUGUGUUUGAAAGGCUUGGACCCAGCACUGGAAGUACUGCAGAGACACAGUGCCGUAACUGGCUGAAGACUGGCAACUGCCUCUAUGGGAACACAUGUAGAUUCGUACAUGGCCCUUCACCACGAGGUAAAGGCUAUAGCAGCAGUUAUAGAAGGUCACCAGAAAGGCCUACUGGAGAUCUCCGGGAAAGAAUGAAGAACAAACGCCAAGAUGUUGAGGCUGAGCCACAGAAACGAAGUACAGAGGAAUCGUCCUCUCCUGUUAGGAAAGAGUCUUCACGAGGAAGACACAGAGAAAAGGAAGAUAUCAAAAUUACAAAGGAGAGAACACCAGAAAGCGAAGAGGAAAAUGGAGAUUGGGAAGCAAAUAGAGAAGACUCUGAUAAUGGAGAUGUUAACUAUGAUUAUGAUCAUGAGCUGUCUUUGGAAAUGAAGCGCCAAAAGAUUCAGAGAGAACUCAUGAAGUUGGAACAGGAAAACAUGGAGAAACGAGAGGAGAUUGUCAUUAAAAAGGAGAUUUCUCCAGAGGUGGUUAGGUCUAAAUUAUCACCAUCGCCAUCACCAAGAAAGUCUAGCAAGUCUCCAAAACGAAGGUCUAGUCCAAAGUCUUCCUCUUCGGCUAGUAAGAAAGAGAAGAAGGCAUCUACUGUAUCUUCCCCACUUUUGGAUCAGCAAAGGAGUUCUAAAAGUAAUCAGAGUAAAAAGAAAGGUCCUCGUACCCCAAGUCCUCCUCCUCCAGUACAAGAGGAAACUUCCUUAGGAAAAAAACACAAAGAAAAGCAUAAAGGCAAAGAACGUUUAGAUGAAAAGACAAGGGAGGUGAAAGAGAGAGGGCGUGACUUUGAAAGGCACAAAGAGAAAAAAGAGAAGCAGAGAGAUCCUUCUGAAGGUUCCCAUAGACAGAAGCGUUCUCCCAGUCCUGCAGAUCAUUCUGGCAGUAAUUCCUCUCCUUCCAGGGAGUAUUCACCACCUGCUGCGAGGCGACGACAAGUCUCACGAGCCCCGGUGAAAUCAACUACUCACAAGCAUAACUUCUCACCCUCUCGCAGAUCUGCUUCUCCAUCUGGCCAACGUCAUUCUCCCAUAUCCUCUAGACAUCACUCUUCUUCAUCACAGUCAGGUUCCUCUGUUCAAAGACAUUCUCCUUCCCCACACCGCAAAAGAACUCCUUCUCCCUCCUAUCAAAGGACAGCUUCUCCGCCUGCAAGGCGAUCAUCUUCCCCCUACCCCCCACGUUCUUCCUCUUCUCCUCAGAGGAAGCGAAGCCCUUCAAGGCACCGAUCCCCUGGAAGAGAAAAGGGAAGGCACGAUCGAGACCGAACUUCACAGUCUCAUGACAGGCGCCACGAAAGGCGGGAUGAAACUAGAGGGAAAAGGGAAAAAGAAAGAGAAACAAGAGAUGAUCGUGAUUAUGACCAGGAGCAGAGUACCUCCAGGGAUCAUAGAGACGAUAGAGAAUCUCGUGAUGGAAGAGAUCGGAGGGACACAAGAGAUAACAGAGAUCGGAGGGAGACGAGGGAAUCCAGAGAUACUCGAGACUCUAGAGACACAAGAGAUUAUAGCAGAGAUAACAAAGAUAGUCGUGAUCAAAGAGACUCACGUUCCACGCGAGAUUCUCACGACUACAGAGACAGAGAAAGUCGGGAUGCCCAUAAAAAGGAUGACCAGUAUCAGGAGGACUCACGCAGCUAUGGAAGGUCCCAUGGCAGAGAGGAGAGCUCUCGUGCUGAAACAAGGAAUGACUCCAGAAGUGAUUCCAGAAAUGAGAGCAGAAGCGAUCGAACUGGCAGAAGUCGAGGCAGAGGUCCAGAAUUAUCUGACAAAGGAAGUCGGGGGACUAGAGGAUCCCAGGUUGAUGGUCACAGCAGUAGUGGAAACUACCAUGACAGUUGGGAAUCAAGAAGUAGCUACCCUGAUCGGGAUCGCUACGACAGUCGAGACCAAGCAAGGGAUUCCUCCUUUGAAAGAAGGCAUGGUGAACGGGACAGGCGGGACAACAGAGAAAGAGAUCAGAGAGCAAGCUCACCAGUACGGCAUCAAGGACGAAGUGAUGACCUCGAGCGGGACGAAAGACGAGAUGAACGAAGGGUAGACCGAAGUGAUGAUAGGAGAGAUGAAAGGGCCCGGGAGAGAGAGCGAGAAAGAGAGAGGGACCGAGAGAGGGAGAGAGAAAGAGACCGGGAACGAGAGAGAGAGAAGGAAAGGGAGUUGGAACGAGAUCGUGCUCGGGAACGAGAGAGGGAGCGAGAGAGGGACAAAGAUAGGGAUCGUGAGCGUGAUCGAGACCGGGACCAUGACAGAGAAAGGGAACGAGAAAGAGAGAGAGAGAAGGAGAGAGAGCGAGAGAGGGAGGAACGAGAGAGGGAGAGAGAGCGUGAAAGAGAUCGUGAGCGGGAACGAGAAAGGGAGCGAGGUCGAGACAGGGAUAAAGAAAGAGAGCGCCAGAGAGACUGGGAUGACAAAGACAAAGGGAGAGAAGACCGCAGGGAUAAGAGAGAAGAUAUUCGAGAAGAAAGAAGCUCGAGAGAUGUCCAUGAAGAAAGGAAGUCCAAAACCCUCAAGGAAUUUGACUACAAAUAUUUGCUCUGCAGGAAGCGUCACAGAAAUGAAAGCAGUCCAAGCCCUCGUCAGUCACCCAAACGUCGCCGUGAGCACUCUCCUGACAGUGAUGCUUACAACAGUGGAGAUGAUAAAAAUGAAAAGCACAGACUUCUGAGCCAGGUUGUGCGACCACAGGAAUCCCGGUCACUGAGUCCCUCUCACAUUGCAGAAGACAGACAGAGCCGCUGGAAAGAAGAAGAACGAAAAUCAGACAGAAAGGAAAGUUCCCGGCGUUAUGAAGAACCAGAGUUCAAAGAGAGAAUUUCUUCAUCAGAUAAGCAGAGAGAGCAACCAGAUUCUUCAGAGGGCUCCCGGUCCAGAGUUCAGGAGAGUCUUGGACGCCGUCCCUCUGAAGAAAGAGAUGCUUCUGAUAGAAUGCACGAUGACAGCAAGAAGAAGUCUAAAAUACAGAAAAAGGCCACAAAGAAAAAGAAAGAAGAUGACAGUGGGGUGGAAAGGUACACUAAUGAGUCAACGACUGAAGAAAGCCAGGUCUUUUCUCCCAAGAAAGGUCAGAAAAAGAAAAAUGUGGAGAAAAAGCGGAAGAGAUCCAAGGGUGAUUCUGAGGUUUCUGAUGAAGAAAUUGUUCCACAUCAUAAAAAGAAGAAAGGCCCAAGAACUCCUCCUGUCACAAAAGAGGAAUUGGUUGAAGCACCACCUGAGAAAGCUGUGGCAGAAGUCCCCCAGAAAAGAGAAGAGACAACAUUUAGUGACUGGUCCGAUGAAGAUGUCCCAGAACGUGGUGACAUUGUCGUUCCAGAAAGAAGCACUGAGGAAUCCCAUAGAAAAAGUCACAGGAUGAGAGUAGAAAAGGUGGAAGCCCCACAUGUUACUAUAGAUGAUGGAUCACAUCGUAAACCUGUGGAUCAGAAGCGCAGCAGCAGUCUUGGUAGCAAUCGGAGCCAUGCCUCAAGCAGACUUCGAUCCCCUUCCAAUGAGUCAGCUCAUCGCAGUGGUGAUGACCAGACUGGACGGAAGAGGAUCCUGCACAGUACCUCUAGGGACAGGGACAGAGAGAAGAAAAGCUUAGAAAUCACUGGGGAACGAAAGUCCAGAAUUGAUCAGUUGAAAAGAGGGGAGCCCAGUCGCAGCACGUCUUCAGAUCGUCAAGAUUCAAGAAGCCACAGUUCAAGAAGGAGUUCUCCUGAGUCAGAUCGUCAGGUCCACUCCAGAUCUGGGUCCUUUGACAGCAGGGAAAGGCUUCAGGAGCGAGAUCGACAUGACCAUGAUCGAGAGCGAGACAGAGACAGGAGAGAGGGGAGACAGAGAGACUGGGAUCGAGACCGAGACAUCGACAAAGACUGGCCAAGGAGCAGGGAGCGAGAGAGACUCCGAGAACGCGAGAGAGAGAGGGAGAAGAGAAGGGAGCUGGACAGAGAGAGAGACAGACAGCUGCCUGAUACUGCUGAAAGAGAGAGGGACAGAACUCUGGACAUUUCCUCUCAAAAAGAAUCAACAAAGCACGGUGAAACAAAACUGGACAGAGAUCAUGAAAAAGAAUUUGACGGUGUUUGUCGAGAUUCUGCAGCUUCAGAGAAGGAAAGACCAGACAAAGAUCUAGGAUCGUUACAAGGUUUUGAAGAUGGAAAUGAGGCUGAAAAAGUAGAGAGUCUAGAAGGAGGAGAAGAUGAAGCAAAGAUUGAUGAUGUACAGUCACUGGCAUCUGGUGCUGGAGAAUACGAACCAAUCAGUGAUGAUGAACUGGAUGAAAUUCUGGCAGGUGAUGCAGAAAAGAGGGAGGAUCAACAAGAAGAUGAGAAGAUGCCUGAUCCUGUGGAUGUUAUAGAUGUUGAUUGGUCCAGUCUCAUGCCAAAGCAGCCAAAAGAACCACGAGAGGCUGGGGCUGCGCUCUUGAAGUUCACACCAGGUGCUGUUAUGUUGAGAGUUGGCAUUUCCAAGCGAUUGGCUGGACCAGAACUCUUCACCAAAAUUAAAGAGACGUGCCAGAAAGCACUAGAGAAACCUAAAGAUGCAGAAAACCUCUUUGAACAUGAACUGGGAGCCUUGAACAUGGCUGCACUCCUACGAAAAGAGGAGAGAGCAGGUCUUCUCAGCAAUCUGGGUCCUUGCUGUAAAGCUCUGUGCUUUAGAAGGGAUUCUGCAAUUCGUAAGCAGCUCAUGAAGAAUGAAAAGGGUGCAACAAAACAAACUUACACAAAUGCUGCAGCAAUGGACAGUGACUUGUUAAGGUUGAGUCUGCGGUUAUUCAAACGCAAGACUGUGUGCCAAGUUCCUGGGCAGGAAAAGACAGAGGAUAGUAAAAUUCCACAACCAGCUAUCCAGCAGGAAGUGUGUGUGUCUUAAGCAAAUGGCAACAGUGGCUCUGUCUAGUUGAUACCCCACUACCAGUGUUGUUGGUAUUGAUGUUUUAGAACUGGUUGGUUGGAAAGCAUCUGUAGAAGAUGGAAGAAAAGACUCAAUUUGUAUGCAGAAUUCAUAAUUUUGGAUGUGAAUAAAUGUGGUAAAAAAGAAAGACUUCUGUGUGAAGUUCUCUGCAAGUUUUGUAGUAUGCCUCUUACACUAACAAAAACCUGUUUUAUGGUGCAUCAGGUGUAAUAAUGUGAAGAUGUCUGGUUUUAGCAGUUUAUAACACUGCCUGAUAAUAAACUGAAGAAAACCGUA